CACCAGAGCCCUCGGAAGUGUGAGGCACUGCGGUGCAUUUUCCCAGUUCCCUUUUAAAUGACUGCGGAAAAACAGACUCUCCGAGCCGCAAAUGGGAAGACGGAUUCUCAGACAAGGCUUGCGAAUGCCCCGCAGCCAUCAUUUAACUGCACCCGCAGAGCAGUUACGGUUUGUCACCCGACCCUCCCGGAUCGCCUCAUUUGUCCCUAGUGAGAUCCCGAGGCUCUGCCCGCGCCGGGCUUCUCAGUAGCUGGAUGUAUGACGUGCUCCGGGCAGCGCGGGCGCAGGGCACGCGUUCGCGCACACCCGCGCACACACGAAAAGGCGCAAGACUAAUUUUCUGGAGUUUCUGCCCCUGCUCUGCGUCAGCCCUCACGUCACUUCACCAGCAGUAGCAGAGGCGGCGGCGGCGGCGGCGGCGGCGGCGGUUCCCGGAAUUGGGUUGGAGCAGGAGCCUCGCUCGCUCCUUCGCUCGCGCUCUCCGAGCUCCGUGCCCAGCGGCAGGAGGAGCCUGGACCCAGGCGCCGCCGGCGGGCGCCCCGAGGUGCGUCCCGGAUCUCAGCGCGAGUCUAGCCAGGAGCCUGCGCCCCAGAGCGUCCCGGGAGCGCCGCGGGCCGGUGCUCGGCUCGCUGGGCCAUGCAGCGGCGGCCGCGGCGGAGCCCCGAGCGGCGGUAGCGCCCCCUGUGAGGAGGCCCGGGAUGCCCCUGCCACUGUGAACGGUGCCGUCCGCCAGGACACGCUCAGCCCCGGACACGCUCGGCUCUGCACCCCUGAGACGAGCACCAAGAGGAGACAGCGGCGAGCGGGGCAAAGGCCACCCAGCACCGGCAGGGGAGACCGACCGGUGCCGCGCAGGGACACGUACUCAGUCUGACUCGGGCUGGCACUGGUGGCUAGGAAUGUCGUCCUGGACGAGGUGGCAUGGGCCCGCCAUGGCGCAGCUCUGGGGCUUCUGCUGGCUGAUCGUGGGCUUCUGGAGGGCCGCUCUUGCCUGUCCCACAUCCUGCAAAUGCAGCACCUCUCGGAUCUGGUGCAGCGACCCUUUUCCUGGCAUCGUGGCAUUUCCGAGGCUGGAGUCUACCAGUGCAGACCCCGAGAACAUCACCGAAAUUUACAUUGCAAAUCAGAAAAGAUUAGAAAUCAUCAACGAAGAUGAUAUUGAAGCUUAUGUGGGACUGAAAAACCUGACCAUUGUGGAUUCCGGAUUGAAAUUUGUAGCUCAUAAAGCAUUUCUGAAAAACAGCAACUUACAGCACAUCAAUUUUACCAGAAAUAAACUGACGGUAUUGUCUAGGAAACAUUUUCGUCACCUUGACUUGUCUGAGCUGAUCCUGGUGGGCAACCCAUUUACAUGCUCCUGCGACAUUAUGUGGAUUAAGACUCUUCAGGAGACUAAACCCAGUCCAGAAACUCAGGACUUGUACUGCCUCGAUGAAAACAGCAAGAAUAUUUCCCUGGCAAACCUGCAGAUAUCCCAUUGUGGUUUGCCAUCAGCAAAUUUGGCUGCACCUAACCUCACUGUGGAGGAGGGAAAGUCUAUCACAUUAACUUGUAGUGUUGCAGGCGAUCCAGUUCCGAAUUUGUACUGGGAUGUUGGUAAUCUGGUUUCCAAGCAUAUGAAUGAAACAAGCCACACACAGGGCUCCUUAAGGAUAACUAACAUUUCAUCUGAUGACAGUGGAAAGCAAAUCUCUUGUGUGGCAGAAAAUCUUGUAGGAGAAGAUCAAGAUUCUGUCAACCUCACUGUACAUUUUGCUCCAACUAUCACAUUUCUCGAAUCUCCAACCUCAGACCACCACUGGUGCAUUCCAUUCACUGUGAAAGGCAACCCCAAACCAGCGCUUCAGUGGUUCUAUAAUGGGGCAAUUUUGAAUGAAUCCAAAUACAUCUGUACUAAAAUCCAUGUUACCAAUCACACGGAGUACCACGGCUGCCUCCAGCUGGAUAAUCCCACUCACAUGAAUAAUGGGGACUACAAGUUAGUAGCCAAGAAUGAGUAUGGGAAGGAUGAGAAACAGAUUUCUGCUCACUUCAUGGGCUGGCCUGGAAUCGAUGAUGGUGCAAACCCAAAUUAUCCUGAUGUAAUUUAUGAAGAUUAUGGGACUGCGGCAAAUGACAUUGGGGACACCACGAACAGAAGUAAUGAAAUCCCUUCCACAGAUGUUGCUGACAAAACCGGUCGGGAACAUCUCUCGGUCUAUGCUGUGGUGGUAAUUGCAUCUGUAGUAGGAUUUUGUCUGCUGGUAAUGCUGUUUCUGCUGAAGUUGGCAAGACACUCCAAGUUUGGCAUGAAAGAUUUCUCAUGGUUUGGAUUUGGGAAAGUAAAAUCAAGACAAGGUGUUGGCCCAGCCUCAGUUAUCAGCAAUGAUGAUGACUCUGCCAGCCCACUCCAUCACAUCUCCAAUGGGAGUAACACUCCGUCGUCUUCAGAGGGUGGCCCUGAUGCUGUCAUUAUUGGAAUGACCAAGAUUCCUGUCAUUGAAAAUCCCCAGUACUUUGGCAUCACCAAUAGUCAGCUCAAGCCAGACACAUGGCCCAGAGGUUCCCCCAAGACCGCCUGAUAAUAAUUUGGUAUUUGGAGGCUCCUGUGUCACUGCAGGAACUAAAGGAGGCUAAAUCCAUGCCUGAUGGAGGAGAAGAGUUCUAUGGUUAUCUGCAAAUUCUGGCCAGAGAACAACUUGACGUCACUCCUUAGCUUCCAAAACCUAGCCAAGCAAGAAGUUGCCUUCCCAAGAGAAAGCAGUGUGCUCUAAUGACUAAACCCUCAAAGUGCUAUGCCACUCUAACUAUAGACCCAUCUCCUCGAUCAAUCAGGAUGGCAAGAUGGAGCUGAGGAGCUCAGCAACAUCAAGGCUGGAGUUGGUCUUUAAUUCAACUAGUCUGUGUAGACGUGUCUGAAAACCACAUCAUCUGUCCGCACGGGGUGUUUUCCCAGUAGGACUGACCAACCCGGCUCAAGGGCAGCUGUGCUGCUAUCCUCUCCUUGACUGCUAAGAACAUUUUUGACAGGGUACAAUGGAAACACACCUUCUGAGCUGGAAAAAAAAGAAAGAAAGAAAGAAAGAAAAAGAAAGAAAGAAAAAGAAAGAAAGAAAGAAAGAGAAAAAAAACCACUCUAACCAGCAAAACCCCCGAAUCAUCAAUCUUGGGUUCUCUUGAAGGGUGGGAAUGCGUUAUAGCUUCCCCUGCAGGAAAAGCAAAUGCCAUAGACUCAUUGUCAUCCCUAGAAUUGUGUCUUUCCUAGAGCAGCCUUGUAAAUUAGCUAGGGUCCUAGGCGAAGGGCCUAAAUUAAAUGAGAAUUGUCCUGAAAUACAUACUGUAUGUGUUUGUUCUUACAGCGCAUGCCCUCUGUGUAUAUCUAGGGCUAGUAACUCUGUGGCAGAUGCAGAUAAGGAAUUCUGACUCUUUUCCACUUUAAUUCCAUUUCCAAUGAAAUGGAUGUUUAUUGACUUCCUGCAGCGUGUGCCAUACUUCAAGUAUUAUCGUUCACAUGUGUAUAUAUGUUCGUGUGUGUGUUUUCCCAUUGGUUACAUGCUUAUUAGGCAACUAUGUAGAUAAGCACAGAUUCAUAGACCAGCUAAGACUAAGGAGAUUAAAUAUAAUAAAGGGAGGGAGUGUUUUAACAGUAGUUGAAAAGAUCACACAGGACACCCCUCUUGCGCCCCUUAACUGCCAUACCCACCCUGUCAUUGUGUUACCAACCAGGGGAGGGAAUGGAAGUGGUAUUUUUCACAGAACUGCAGAGGUUUUGAAAAUGUUUGUAACAUUACUUUGGGUACACAUGAGCAAAAAUUCUGAAUCAUAUCCAAGACCUCAGGAGCUCGUUAUAUCAAGGGAUGAGAGUUAUCAGAGGUUAUCUUUGAACUUCAGUGCAAUCUGUGCCCAUGGUCCAUUUUGAUGGUCCAUUUGAUGGAAGUAAAAACAGGCAGAAACAAUUGCUAUAGCACUUUCCUAGGUCCUUUGCCUACUAAUUUUGUCUUUCAAAAGUAUGUUUUCUUCUAAGUAUUUAAUUGGCCAAACAAUAACUGCUUUGGGAACUGUUUAUAUCCCUUUGAAGGCCAUGGCCUGCACUUUAAAAAUAACCUAAGUCUGUUUUGCCCAGCAUGAGUGUUAGGGGCGAGAGAACGCAGUUAUUUUAGGAUCCUUAGAAAUUGCUUCGUUUAUGGCACGGUGGGCUGACGACUCGUUUCAUGGGGGUCUUCAUGGCACGUUGCUCAGCCUCUGUAGGUCCCAGUGCAAUUCUGUCUCUUGAUGCCAUAGUCCCCCAUUGCCAGCUAUAACAGCUUGAUACUAUAUUCUCCUUUCAAAUCCAGAGGACAUGGUAAGAAGCUAUCAAAUAAUGCUGAAAAAAAAGCAACUUGAGUUCCCUCGAAGAAAGGAAACGAAUACAUGCUGCACAAUUACAUGUAAAACGUAAGCCAAGUUACAAACUCUAUUGAGAAGGAGAUUUGUUAGGAAACCAGUUUCAAGCACAUUUACAACUAAGUAAAAUAAGAGACAUCAUUCUAUUAGCAUUUGACCGCUGGGUGACAUUAUUUGUUAUCAAAAAAGAAAUACCACCCAGUUACAGGGUACCUAGACCUCUUAGAGAAAACAGUCCACCUUACAUUUAAUGACUAAAAGGGGAAAACAAUUAUAGAUUUAGAUCAGGGAGACACUCACAAUGGUAUUCUGAUUUUACUUCCACAUUAUCGGCCAACCAAGAGGGAAUUAUGCACCCCUCACACAUCAGACAGUUCAGUCCACUUUCACCAAAUCAUCAGUGAUGUGCUGGAAGCAUGCAGGCAGAUGCAGGAUGCUACUGCAUUUCUUCUGGGUAUUUCCCAACGCCCAGCCCAACUGGAGAGCGGAUACCAGCAUGAUGAAUUUAUCAAAUGCACCCCCAUUUUGGUAUCUGGUUGGUCACUCUUGCACGUGUCAGCAGACUGGGGACCAGGACCAGCUCAGCAAACACAUAUGCAGAGGAACCUCUUAUGUUGCUAAGCAGCUCCUGCUACCCAGAUGCUUUGAACACUGAAUGCUCCCUGUCGUUAAGGAGAAAUGAAAGAACGGGAGUUUUUCUUGGAUGCGAUGCUCGCUCACAGUUCAAUUCUUCAUGGCAGCUAAUGUAACAGAGUGCAGGUUUUCUCCUUGUGAAGUUUUCUCUGCCUUUGCUAAUUCUGCCAGCCAGAGAGGGUAAGCCACCAUGGUUGGGAUCUUCUCAGAUUAGUCAUUAUGCCAGCUCUCCUUAUGAAGUGCAGCCAUGCUGCCUUUCAUUCACGAUGUUGUACUUGUUUAUUUGUUUGCUGUUUUUCUUGGUAGUUGUUACUUCUCUUGAAAGGCAUGUAAGAUGAAUUUGCUUCAUACCACGGACAGGAAAGAAUUGGAGAGAGAUCUGCUUAGUUCAACCUGAUAACUAAGCACAAAGGCAGUCUCACUCCUUGAGCUCAGCCUCUAGGAGGAAAGCUGCUUCCUGAGAUGGAGACAGCAGCCCAAAGGGUUCCUGAGUCCUCGCUGCCCUCUGUCUGAGCCGGCUCCCUCUGGCUGAGAAGAUGCUGUGUGUUUCUGAAUGCUUGGGCUCCCUCAGGGAGGGAAAAAUUAAAAGGCGGCAUUUGUGGCUCAAAGGAGAAGGACAUGUCAGUAUCACAGUGACCUCCCCUCCACCCGCAGGGCUGAGGAGGUUCUUAGGCUGCAAAACUUUCAGUUUUAAAACUGGGACAGUCCUGGGCAAAUGAUAAUGGAUUGGUCACCCUAGUUGGUAUAGCUCUGAUGAUUUCUGCUACUAAGACAGAAUUAAGUCCUCCUUACCCAAAAUGCCUGCAGAUACCCUAAAAUGUGAUUCUUUAAAAUAAAUAAUAUAGGUUGUAGUUGGAAAUUUAGAAAACAUAAGAAACAAAGAUGAAAUAAAAACUCAUCUAUAAUUCCAACAGAGAUAAUUGUUGAUAAUAUCCUUUGGAUAUCCAACUUCCUCAUCUUAUGAGUGUCCUUUUAACCUCCUGUGAUAUAAAGUCUAACCACUUGUACCCUGGCCUUUAUUUGUACUGGGCUUUGUUCAUAUUUCUAUAGUAAAGGCUUGUCUUGGGUGAAUUGUGUUGGAAGGUCCAUAGGAGGCUCGCUGGGUAUAUUAUUGUCAGUGUCAGAUUUUCUCUUUGCUUGGUGAUGCAUAGGGAUUAAGACAGAGCUGGGCUGGACUGACCAUGGCAGGUCGGGUUUCGAGGGACCGUGAAUCCAGAGGAGCUUAGCUUUUCCAGGGUGAGUGUCACAGAGGAGACGAGCCUUGUGUUAUGGGCCUGGAGGACUCAGGGAGCAAAAGGGUCCCGGAUCUGCCAAGGCAGGCUGAGCACUCCAGUUUAGGGUCAGCUCUCUGGAUGACUCCAAAUGUAGUCGUCUGCUCCGCUGGAGCAGAUGAUCAGUUUUUGCCCCCAGUUCUUCACCCCAGCUGGGUAGCUCCUUUCAGAGAGCCAAGCGUGCUGGAUCUGAAAGGGCCAGUCUGGUUACCUCUGAUAUGAUUCUCACUAUUUAGAGAUGCCUUUUCUUCCACCCAGGAUUCCUCGGCUGUGCAAGGACCUCUGAUGAAUUGGAAUCUCCCCUUAAUCAUUCAGCCUCACCUAAACUUGAUGGAGUCAGUAGCCUAAUAUUCUCCAGUCCUCCCCUCAUGAAAUGCUUCCUCUUCUCAUGUCUCAGGCAUCAAGGCCCAAGCUGGGGUUCUGGCCAGGGGACUUCUAUCAAUAGUAUGACAUACAGGAGUAUUUCAGAGUUGGCAUUUUGCACAGUAAUAUUAAAGUUGAUAGGUUCUAAAAAUGAGUUCAGAACACAUAUUUUCCUAUGAUUUGUAAGAGAUUAGAUUUGUGCGACUUUGAACCAAAGGGGUUGGGAAGAAUUCUAGAAAGGAAACAAUAAUCUAAUGCCUAGUUUCUCUAUUAUGCUUAUCAGUUACUAUAUACGUUAUAAGUAUGGGUAGACAUCAACAUGCUUUUUACCCUGUUGCUAUUAUUUAGCACAUUUAUUUAACCAUGCCAUUGACCUUCUGGGUGCAUUAAAGUAGAACCCAGGUCAUUAUGAGAUAAUGAUGGCAUUUAGACCAAGUGCAAUAUUCCUAAUGUUCCAAUAGGUGGUUGAUAUAGAGGGGACAGGAUACCAUCCCACACUAUCUAAUUAUAUCAAAAGAGCUAGUCUCCAUAUUAUGGAAUGCUUUCCUUAGAGGAGAUUACAUGAUAUAUCUGCUUAUAAAAUAAGCAGAGGUGACACCACUGAGUAGCCAUCUCACAUGUUUUCCUGAAAGAAUGAUGGAUUUUCAGAUCUGUUUAUACUCUCAUACCCACUACCGAUCCCCACCCUUGCUCCUGAAAGGAGUUUGCUUUUACGAGUGAGUUGCUAAUGAACAGAGAGAAGCUAACUGCUUACCCAGGGACCUAGUCUUACUUUCUAUUAAUAGAGUACUCCGGCUAGCUGGACUAAUUGGCCUCACAUUGUCUCUAUCCUGGCUUUACUUCCUCUGACCCAUAAACAUCAAGUCCUUUUUUGCCCAUCUCAUUCUGUCAUCUUCCCUCCUUUUCUCUAUAUAUUAGGGUUCAGGAACCAUGAUGCUAAUGAUGACAUUUCAUCCAAGUUCCUAGUUCCAUUAAUGCCAUUUCCUGAUAUCCAGAGAAGCAGUUAUGAUUCUGUCUCACUGCUUAAGCCUUAUUUUGAGAGGACCAUUUUCUUCUUUUCCAAGUGCUGUUCACUUUUAGGAUAUUUCUCUCCCUCUUCAGAGCCUUAGUUUUGACUAACAUACCUUUGUGUACAUAUAAGGUUUUAGUUUUCCUUGAGCCCUACCUAGACCUUUAUCAACAUUGGUUUUGGAAGAGGAAAACUCUCAUUUUCUUAGUAACAUUUUGAUGAUGGGGAGCUCUGCCUUAGAUUCCUGAACUCCUGAGCUUUGAGGAAGAAGACAACGGCCAAGUAGCAAAGGGAUGACCUUAUCACUCACUUCCUGAGUCAUGCGUCUCCUCUGGGCUUGUGUAUACUCUCUGCUGUUUCCUGCACAUUGCAUCCCAAGUUUUAAAUUAAAGUGGAUCUUAGCCGGAAUGGGGUCUAAUGACUGAUGCAUGGGUACAGUCCUUGGUGUUAACAACCCAGGGCCUUCUUUUGUUCUUGUAGAAGAGAUCUGUGUUUUCGAGGGCCAAGCUUCUGCAUGGGGGCCAAGCUAUGGGAGGGGGUUGUGAGGUUGGGGGUGAAUCCAUAUGGUCUUCACACCUUCUGCCCACUUUUGGAAAGAGGGGGCUAGUGUGGAUUGGUAUGGAUGACAUUCCCCAAGCAGAUCCUUCUGCUAACGGGCACCCAGUGUGGGUGUUAGCGUGGUCCUCUCUCGGAGGUCUCCCUGCUUCCCCAUGACAAGCAAUGAACCCCUUACCACUUGCUGGGCACCUGCCUGCUGCUUUGCCGUGCUGGUCUCAGCACGGCAUCUCCCUCUGAUGCUGCACCACGAUCUGCAGAGGUGGGAGACGGAGGGGUCUCUGUUGACUGCUACGUGUUGCUUAACUUUAUUUCCCUCUCUUAUGUUUGAAGAGAGUGGACCUGAAACAUGACCUGCAUUCUUUUACUAUGUUCAGAACCUCCAGGGCUUGUCCACACAUAUGUAUAAAUGAUAAUAGAGCUUGGAAAUCUUUAUUAUACAGACACGCUGAUGGAAAUGAGAUCUGUUGUAUUGGAAUUUGUGAUGUAGUUGAUCAGUCAGAACCAAACUCGUACACCAAUAAAGACAAGAGUGUCAGAUUAAUGGUCUCCAUUGCCUACUUUUUAUCACCUACUAAUAAUUAUUUUUACAUAAACUUGAGAAUAUAAUUCAGUGUUGGGAUUCCUAAAGGCACUACAGACAGCCUCCUAGAAGUUGUCCCGCUGAUUCCCAUUUAGCUCCCAAGCAGCCCCCUCUGCACCCAGCAGGGCCAGGAUUAGGGUAAUGUGGGGAGGCCCUCAAUUAAAGUGCAGAAUUUAAAGGGGCACCAACAAACUCAGCCAUCAAGGUAAAUCAUAUUUCAAUGCAAUAUUUUAAAAGCCAAAAAUUAAUGAAAGAAAUCUAUGAAGAAAAUUUAAAAAUUUUUAAUUAAGACAGGAUUGAGAGGGUGGGGAUUAGGGUGAGGUGAGUGCUACAAAUUCAAGGUCAAAUACUGUCGUUAUUUGAAAUUUCAAGUUUUUUUCUUCAUAGAUGUUUUUGUUAAAUUUUAUUUUUUUUAAUAUUACAUUAAAACAUUAUUCAUAAUGUUUUGAUAUUUUAUAUUAACUAUAAAUGUAAUAUAAUCUUUAAAAAUUGUGAGUCAAAAAAAAAAUUGUGAGUCACUAUAUUGUACACCUGAAACAUAUGAUAUUGUACGUCAACUAUACCUCAAUAAAAAAAUAAUUUAAAUAAAGGGAAAAAAUAAAACAUUAUUCAUGUCGAUUACUGAAUUUGUGGUGCUCCCUUAAAUUUUGUGCACAAGGCAAGAAUCUCACUCCCCUCACCCUAGCUUGGCCCUGGACUCAGGCUCCUUUUGGCCAGGAUCUUGUGUAAACCUCUGGCCUUUGCAAAGCUCUGUUUUGUAUACAUUAGCUGCUGGGUUGAUUAGCUUUCGGUCUUCUCUCCUUUCCUGCAUUCCUGGCCUAAUUGUCCUUCCUCCCUCCAUCCCAUCUGCCCCUGGAGAUACAUUUCUCUGACUCCCUUUUGCUCAGCCAGCCUCAGCAUCCUUGGCACUAACCAUCCUGUGCUAUCUGCUGAAAUAUCUGCAUAGAUGGGCACUCUCAUCUUCUGAUGGCCUUUUUUCUGUAUGUGACUCUCCAGAGUGAGGAAAUGAAUCAAGACUGCCACAAAAAAAAGAAAAGAAAGAAGAAAAGAAAGAAAGACAAGAAAAAAGA